AUGACUGGUGAGAAGCGUAAAUUUGUGGAAUACGAAUAUUUAAGUACCCCAAAUACAUCACUGUGGCGAAUGGGUAUCAACAAGAAACUUGUGUUUGUAGCAGCGUUGACGGCCCGAGGCGUGCUUGUUCAGUUUAUGCGCGAUCAAGCAGUUUUGAUAAGUGACAACGUGAAUGUAGCAGUAAUUAAUCGAGCCGGUAAGCUGUUUGCGUGGAAUGUGAAACAACAUAUCACAUUAGAGGCACACAAGGCUGAGAGCAUUGGUGCGAUAAAUGACACUAUGGCACGCUCGCCUCGGUCAUUUGUCUUCGAACAAGAUUAUGCAAGUGAUAAAGUCUUGCGAUAA